AUGUUGAUCGCGCAGUACUUGGAGAUGAUAGGUGGCAGCAAGACGUCCUCGUUGGACUCCGUGGAGCUGCCCUGCUCGGGUGGCAGAGACGGAGACGAUCUGGAUCCCUACCAGGCUUCGAUCAACCCGAGGUGCCACCCGUACUUCAUUGCGAAGCACGCCGCCGUGGUCAUCGGCAAGCUGUGCAAGGAGUGGUACGGCUACGCGCCAGAGAUACGGGUCAUGGACGCCGGCGCCGAGCCCUUCCCCUUCGUGCCCCGCUACCUCUUCUACAUCCUCUCGGAGCUCCUGAAGAACUCGGUGAGGGCGACGGUCGAGUGCAACGCGGGCCGCGACGGCGGCGCGGGGGAGCAGCCCAGAUACCUGGAGCCCGUCUCGGUCGUGGUCUGCGGCGGCGAGGGCACGGCCAGCAUACGCGUGUCGGACGAGGGCGGCGGCAUCCCGGUCGACGCCCUGAACCACGUGUGGUCCUACCUCUACACGACGGCCGAGCCCAUCGAGGUGCCCUACACCAGGGACGCCGUCGACGCGCCGACGGACCUCCGCCGGCUGGAGACCGGCUCGAUCCCCGCCGCCGCCUCUGCAGGGAACGGCUGGGGCAGCCUGGCGGAGCCCGACCACGAGGAUCACAGUCUUCUCCUGCGCUCCCCGCUGGCUGGCCUGGGCUGCGGCCUCCCGCUCACCCGCCUCUACGCGGAGUACCUCGGUGGCGAAGUGAAGCUUCACACAUUGCCACGCUUCGGCACGGAUGUGUUCGUCUAUCUCUCGCGCCUCGAGCAUCUUCCUAGUGACCGACCGCUCGCGCGUCUGUCGACUUUGCAGGAUCCUGGCGAGAGAUAA